CCACAGAAUCUACAACCCCACCCCCUGAGCCCACUACAACAACUGCAACACCAACCACAACCACAGAAUCUACAACCCCAACCCCUGAACCCACUACAACAACUGCAACACCAACCACAACCACAGCAUCGACAACCCCACCCAAUGAACCCACUACAACACCUGAAACACCAACCACAGAAUCUACAACCCCACCCCCUGAACCCACUACAACAACUGCAACACCAAACACCAACCACAGAAUCUACAACCCCACCCCCUGAACCCACUACAACAACUGCAACACCAACCACAACCACAGAAUUGACAACCCCACCCCCUGAACCCGCUACAACACCUGAAACACCAACCACAGAAUCUACAACCCCAGCCCCUGAACCCACUACAACACCUGAAACACCAACCACAACCACAGAAUCUACAACCCCAACCCCUGAACCCACUACAACAACUGAAACACCAACCACAACCACAGAAUCUACAACCCCACCCCCUGAGCCCACUACAACAACUGCAACACCAACCACCACCACAGCAUCUACACCACCUGAACCAACUACAACACCUGAAACACCAACCACAGAAUCUACAACCCCACCCCCUGAACCCACUACAACAACUGAAACACCAACCACAACCACAGAAUCUACAACCCCACUUCCUGAACCCACUACAACAACUGAAACACCAACCACAACCACAGAAUUGACAACCCCACCCCCUGAACCCACUACAACAACUGCAACACCAACCACCACCACAGCAUCUACAACCCCACCCCCUGAACCCACUACAACAACUGGAACACCUGCAACAACCACAGCAUCUACAGCCCCACCAACAGCUGAAACACCAACCCCAACCAUACCAACUAAUCCUACCACUACAACAACUGGAACAUCAACUACAACCACAGCAUCUACAGCCCCACCAACUGAACCUACGACUAAAGCUGAAACACCAACCACAACACCGGUAAUACCUGAAGUUGGCCCCACUUUAUCAACAUCAAUGCCUUCAACUGAAAAAGUUAUUGCAACUACAGAAUGUUUCUGUAUAUGGAAUGGAAAUCAUUAUAGGCCAGUUUAA